AUGGUCGCCGUCGACGUCCAUGACCCGAAUUAUCGCGAGUCCUUGAGUUACAGCCAUAUUUUCAUCGAAUGCGCAGAAUGCAGCGUGUUGGCAAGCACUUCUAAUGAGCUAUGGUCCCAUGCCGUAGCGAUUCCAAUUUCGCCCGAAUUUGUCGACGCCCCAUCCACCCUUCUCCUGCCAAUACCGAAGCCUGACUUCGUCUUUGGGUUCUCCCAGAGGGCCUUUGCUUCCAGCCAAAUUGCAAGUAUGCUCCACUUAGUAGAAGGCGUAUCUGGGCAUGACUACCCCAUGCCGGACAAGGAGGUUCGCAUCCCAUUCCUCGUCAUCGAAGUCAAGUCGCAGAGGCAGAAGGGAACGCAUUACUGGCACCUUCAAAGCAGCAGAACCCCGCCCAGCACGGAGAAUCUAUUAGACUCUCCUCCUUCUAUGACGAAGAAUCACAACUACUCUCCCUCCUUCUCUACCCCCGAGGCUUGUGCCAGUAUACCAUCAGUCAGCUUCUCGGCCUCUGCUCAUUGCUUUUUGCCUGUGCCUGCUUGCGGCUGA